AUGUCUACUGACAAGAUUACCUUUUUGACCAACUGGCACGCCACCCCGUACCACGCGCCCCUCUACCUCGCCCAAGCGAAGGGCUACUUCAAAGACGAAGGCGUCAAAGUCGCGCUCCUCGAGCCCAACGAUCCCAGCGAUGUUACCGAGAUCAUCGGCUCCGGCAAAGUCGACCUCGGCUUCAAAGCCAUGAUCCACACGCUCGCCGCCUCCGCGCGCGGCUUCCCCGUGACAUCGAUCGGCUCUCUGCUCAAUGAGCCGUUCACGGGCGUCGUGUACCUGAUGUCCUCGGGUAUCACGCCGGACUUCACCACCCUGAAGGGAAAGAGGAUCGGAUAUGUGGGCGAGUUUGGCAAGAUCCAACUCGACGAGCUCACCGCGCAUUACAGCAUGCAGCCAUCUGACUACAGCGCUGUGCGCGUGGGCAUGAAUGUGACUAAGAGCAUUAUCAACGGGGAUAUUGACGCCGGUAUUGGUCUGGAAAACGUGCAGAUGGUGGAGCUGGAGGAGUGGCUCGUCUCCCAGGGUCGUUCGCGCGAGGAAGUCAAGAUGCUGCGUAUCGACGAACUGGCUCAGUUGGGAUGCUGUUGCUUUUGCAGCAUCCUGUACAUCGGCAAUGAUUCCUUCAUCACCGCCAACCCAGACCAAGUCCGCGCGUUCCUGCGCGCAUGCAAGCGCGCAACCGAUUUCGUCCUCGCCUCCCCCGAUCAGGCGUGGAAGGAGUUCGUCGAUUUCAAGAGCAGCAUCGACACCCCCACGAACCGCAAGAUCUUCGAGCGCAGCUUCGCCUACUUUAGCCCAGAUAUGCAGAAUGUGCAGCGCGACUGGGAGAAAGUGACGCGCUACGGCAAGCGCCUCGGCGUCCUCGAUGAGUCCUUCGCCCCGAACUACACCAACGAGUAUCUGCAGUGGGGACUUGAGGCUGACAGCACUGACCCCACGGGCGACCAGAAGAGGAUGGUUGUGCUGCAGCAGGGAGUCAAGGAGGAUGGCGGUUUUAAGCGCCUUGAGAGUGUUGCGGUCAAGACGAUUGUUGGUGCUGCUGCGCCUGCUGAGGCUUAG